AUUCCUGAGAGUGCUAGGAGAACUGCCACAAAGCUGUAAAAAUCGGGGCUAUCAUUUAAUCUGUUCUGCAGUGCUUGGCCUGUGAUUUGAGAGAAGAGUGGUCCUGUGCUGCUGCUGGAUUUCCUUGGCUGGGAAAGUGGAAAGGAAGAAUGUGUCACCUGUAGCUGAAGGAAAAUGCUGGAACUUACCCUUAAAGGUGCUGCUUCAAAGUGACAAUCCUGUGCAGGGGAAGAGUCGGGAUGAAAGAAUAAAAAGGAAUGGAUACUGGAUAAUUCCUAAAGAGAAUUGUUUCCUGAUAAUGUCAGGCUCCCUUUUUACCUGAAUGUGUUCCUCAACCACAACACUGUAACAAACACAGAUCAUUGCAGGCAAGUUGAAGUAAGCCAUUUCAGAUUUUCAAAACAUGCUGUGGCUAGUGGAAGUCUUGGGGAAAGCACUGCUUCAAACAUUCUAUCAACAGAUCACAGCACAAAAGCUGCUUCACAAACUCCUCACUGGAAUGAAAGCACUUGUGGCGCUCGGAGAGCAGCAGCCAAAUGUGUGUAACGCGCUGCCCCAUGAGGAGGGGAGGGAGCAAGCUGGCCAAGAACUGAGUACAAGCUCCUUUUCUAGAAAACUGUUCUUCAAAAGAGCGGAGUGCAGCAGCAUGCUUCAGCCUCCAGGAUUCACACCACUAGCUUCAGGAAACUGUGGGAAGUGUUUGAGCCUGCUCCAGGCUACGGUGCUUGGACUCAGCUUGUUGAAGGCACUUGGCCAGAGAUGAUCCCACACCUGCGCUGUGAAGGCCACAGAGGCUCCCUGGGGGAAUGAUGGGACACGUCAGUGCCCUGUUUAGUCCUGUUAUAGCCCAAGGAAAUUCACCCCAUUGCAAAACGGCUGGGUGAGAAGAGACCACUGGAAAUAGUCCACACCCAGUGCUCAACGCUGCCCAGGUGUAUUCAACAGUAAAAAAUGUAUUGGAAAGGACUUAAGAAAGGCUGUUGGGAGAGGAUGGGAGAAAAAAUUAAGUGAACUUUAAGGCAGAAGAACAGAGAGAGUGCAGAUGUCUCAGGACUAAGACCAAGACAGGGACUCAAAACCAGUCACAUUGCAGGCCAAGCCAGAUGGGCAAGCAAUACAAGCUGUGAAUUUAUUCUUGACCCCGUAGGACAGUGACCACCAUCAGAUUUUUCUUCACCCUACAGUUAUGCACUGCCAAUAAGUGAAAAGGUCACGAGAAGCAGUAGCUGAAUUUUUCUGAAGUGCUUUACAGCAGGGAAAGUGGGGAAACCUCUUAAAGUGGUGUCUUAUUCCAUCCUGGAGCACAGGGAAAGAGUUUUAAUGCAAAAUACCAGAAAAAAAAGUCUGCAACAUCUCCUGUGAGAGGGGAGAGAAAAGGAGAUUAACAAUUGCAUCUUGAAACACUCAUGAUUUGAGGCCAUAUGUGUCCUUUGAACUCUGAAGAAGCUGUGCCAAAAGGAAGCCUUCUUCUCCUCCCCUCCUCCCAUCGCGGAGCCGCUCUUAGAUAAUUGCAAUUAGUAGACAAUGCGGAGCGAACCCAAAUGUGAAGUCCAUGGGUACAGUUUACUCUGUGCAAGUUGUAAACUCCAUGGAGCAGGUGUUUGUACAGUGCAUAGCACAGCAGGACCCAGGUUUCAUCGAGCUGUCUGGACAUGCUCUUAUGUCUACCUUACUUUAUUUGAAAAAGGAAAGACAGUGAGGACCUGUGAACAAUCCAGCAGCUUCUGAAAAAUCUUCAUGGUAAAGGAUAAUCCAGAAUUCCCUGAAGAAGAACAAAGUGAAUGUUAAUCCAGAGGAGCUGUCGGAGGAUCGUGCUCACAGGGAAAUGAUUCCUCAUGAAGUCACUGGAUCCCCUGCAGAAAUCAAAUGUGACUUUCCGUUUAUCAGACUGAAAUCAGAGCCAGCCAGACAGUGAAGCAAGCACAGUGGAGGGGGGACGGCGAAAGAUGAAAUCCAACCAAGAGCGGAGCAAUGAAUGCCUGCCACCUAAGAAGCGAGAAAUCCCUGCCACCAGCCUGCCUUCGGAGGUGAAGCCGGUCCUGCCAAACGAAAACCACCGUGCAGAUAACCUGUCAUGGCUCCCCAGCACACCCAGUGGCCAGGGCUGCCUGGGGGGCCGGCACCGGCCCGGGGGCACCUCCUCGGUGGAGGCAGGCUUGCAGCAGGGUUUGCACAAGUCACUGUCUGCAGGGAUGGACUAUUCCCCGCCGAGCGCGCCCAGGUCCGUUCCGGCCUCUACCACUCUUCCCACGGUGUACUCGCCCGCCCUCUCCCAGUCAGGGACCCCCGUUUCCCCCGUGCAGUACACUCACCUGCAGCACACCUUCCAGUUCGUCGGGCCCCAGUACAGUGGAUCGUACACCGGAUUCAUCCCCUCGCAGCUGAUCUCCCCAACGGCCAAUUCUGCGACCGGCGCCGUGGCGGCAGCCACCGCCGUUGCAACCACUCCAUCCCAGCGCUCCCAGCUGGAGGCUUAUUCCACUUUGCUGGCCAGCAUGAGCGGCUUAAGCCAGCAGGGGCACAAAGUUGAGCCGCACCUGGUCAGGACGCCUGGACUGAUCGCUGCUGGGUCUCCUCCGCCCACCCAGCAGAACCAGUACGUCCACAUUUCCAGCUCUUCCCAGAGCACUGUCAGAAACGUCUCUCCUCCAACCAUCCCAGUCCCCCUGCACCCACAUCAGACAGUGAUCCCGCACACCCUCACCCUUGGCCCUUCCUCCCAAGUGGUGGUGCAGUACACUGACUCGGGGGGCCACUUUGUCACCAGGGAUGCCCCCAAGAAACCCGAGAGCAGCCGGCUGCAGGCGAUGCAGGCCAAGGAGGUACUGAACGGCGAGAUAGAGAAGAGCCGGAGAUACGGCAUUUCGCCUUCGGCCGACAUGGGUCUAGUCAAAGCAGGCAAUAAACCAGCUCCCCAUCACUAUGAGACCAGGCACGUGGUGGUCCACUCGAGCCCCGCCGAGUACGGCGUGCGGGAUUCCUCAGGUGUCCGAGCCUCUGUCAUGGUGGUCCCCAACAGCAGCACGCCCACGGCGGACAUGGAGGUGCAGCAGGUCGCCAACCGUGAGACCUCUCCUUCAGCCCUCAACGACAAGGGAAGUUUGCACUUAGGAAAGCCAACCCACCGGUCCUAUGCCUUGUCUCCGCAGCAGGCUCUGGGCCACGAGGGCGUGAAGGCGGUGGCCACGCUGUCCCCUCACACCGUCAUUCAGACCACCCACAGCGCCUCCGAGCAGCUCCCCGUGGGGCUGCCGGCGACAGCUUUCUACACCGGCACCCAGCCGCCGGUGAUCGGCUACCUGAGCGGCCAGCAGCAAGCCAUCGGCUACCCCGGCAGCCUGCCGCAGCACCUGGUGAUCCCGGGCACACAGUCCCUGCUGAUUCCGGUCGGCAGCGCGGACGUCGAGCCGUCGGGAGUCACGCCCGCGAUCGUCACGUCGUCUCCUCAGUUUGCAGCAGUGCCUCACACGUUCGUCACCACCGCCGUCCCCAAGAGCGAGAACUUCAGCGCGGAGCCCCUCACCACCCAGCCUGCCUACCAGGCCACCAUGGUGCAGGCGCAGAUCCACCUGCCCGUGGUGCAGUCCAUCGCCUCCCCUGCCGCUGCGCCCCCCACGCUGCCCCCUUACUUCAUGAAGGGGUCGAUCAUCCAGCUGGCCAACGGGGAGCUGAAGAAAGUGGAGGACUUGAAAACAGAAGACUUCAUUCAGAGCGCGGAAAUCAGCAACGACCUGAAAAUAGACUCCAGCACUGUGGAGAGGAUCGAAGACAGCCAUAGCCCGGGCAUCGCCGUCAUACAGUUUGCCGUGGGGGAGCAUCGAGCACAGGUCAGCGUGGAAGUCUUGGUAGAAUACCCUUUUUUUGUAUUUGGACAAGGCUGGUCAUCGUGCUGCCCUGAAAGAACCAACCAGCUCUUUGAUUUGCCAUGCUCCAAACUCUCAGUGGGGGACGUCUGCAUAUCGCUCACACUCAAGAACCUGAAGAACGGCUCUAUUAAAAAGGGCCAGCCCAUGGACUCAGCUAGUAUCUUGCUGAAGCAUUCAAAGAAUGACAGUCUAGCUGGAAGUAGACACAGGUAUGCGGAGCAGGAAAACGGGAUUAAUCAGGGAAGCGCACAGAUGUUAGCUGAGAACGGUGAACUGAAGUUUCCGGACAAAAUAGGAUUGCCUGCAGCACCUUUGCUCACCAAAACAGAACCCAGCAAGCCCCCAGCAACAAGGAAGAGGAGGUGGUCAGCCCCCGAAACACGAAAACUAGAGAAAUCAGAAGAGGAGCCACCUUUGACUCUUCCCAAGCCUUCUUUUAUUCCUCAGGAGGUUAAGAUUUGCAUUGAAGGUCGAUCCAACGUAGGAAAGUAAAAGUUGUUUGGGGAAAGGAAAUUAGGCUAUCCCUUGUCAUUUUUAUCCAGAUUACUGUACUGUAGACUAAAUAACCCAGUAUUUACAUGUUAUCAUCUUAUUUUAGGUUUAUGUUAUAACCUUGUUGUUAUAGUUGCAGCUGGUAUUAUGCAGGAGACUGGUGCAUAUGUUUUUCCACAAGUGUUUGUCAGUGACUAGGUUUAUCGAGAGCUACAGAAGGGGCAGUAUCUGCUUCACACACCCUUAGUGGAAAUGAAUGUGUUGUCAUGGCUCCUGUUUUCUAACACCUCGUGUAGGACAGGGUCCAGCUGUGAUUUUGUUUUCUUUUCAUCGCUUUGUGUUUGUUUUGUUGUUCUGGUUCCUGUUCUAGUUUUUUUGGGGGGAGGUGAGGAGAAGGGAACUGUAGCAGAGGUGUGUGUCGAACAUGGGGGUGCGUGUGCGUGUGCGUGUGGGUGUGGGUGCGUGCCAGCCCCCAGGGCGGGACGGCCGCUCUCUGGCGGGUCGGUGAUGAGGUUUCCUCACCCCAGGUGGAUGCUGAGGACACAGCCAACCCUUGGGUGUGUUACUGAAAAGGAUCAGACAGUCUCUGAUGUUUUCAACAACAAGCCAACUCUUACUCAAGGCUCUGCUAUAUAUAUAUAUAUAUAUAUAUGUGUGUGUAUAUAUAUAUAUAUAUAUUUGUGUGUGUGUAUAUGUAUAUAUAUAUUUUUCCCCCAUGGGGUCUGACUGCACUGAUUUUUAUUCCUAAAGCAAACUGCCACACCACAUUUCCUUUCUGCUUGCUAGUGCAGUUCCAUUGCCCAGAGUCAGCGACGGCGGGGCUGUCCAGAGCCUCGA